AUGGUUUACUGUAGAAUGGGAAGUGGUGGACAAGGGGGAAAGAGGCUGGGACUGAAAUCACUACAACCUUAUGAUAGUCCUGAUAAUAAUAAUGGUGGCUACAACAGAUCACCAAGAAAUCGAUCAAAAGAUUUAGUUCAAGUCCUUAUGAUUAUGAUUAUAGAAGAAUCAGCAACAAUUAGACCCAAGAUACCAGCAAUAUUUAAGCACCCAUUAGACCUGAUAUUGUUAGAGUGGUUCAUACCAAUAUUUCAAAAAAUUACUGAUCACACUGUAGCACAUAUCCAUCAUGUAUCUGGAGGCGGAACACAUUCUUUUAGCAAAAUGUGUCAUAGAGGAUGUAUGUUUGCACCUAUAAAAAUUUGGCAUAAAUGGCAUGUUAAAACCAAUUUAAAUCAAAAAAUAUAUGUCACUGUGUCAUUGUUAGCAGCAUCAUCAAUUUCAGAUUUGGUUUUAACACAUGGACAUAGAAUUGAAGAGGUUCAAAAGAAGCUCCAUUGGUGA